AUGUUGCAUCGUUUUGUGAAGAUGCGGAGCGAUGGUAAACAUCUCAGCAUUUGGGCAUACCGUUACAUCGUAGUGGCCUACGAGUGGUCCGAUCCAUCAUUCGCGUUAACAAUUUUUGGUGAGAUGGAGUUGUUAGGGUAUAAGGCUGAUCGGGCGGCGUACAAUGCAGUGUUGGUUGCUUGCUGCCAGCUUGGGAAGUACGAAGAGGCCCAUCACUGGUUCAUGCACAUGGCGGACCGUGCGCUGGAGCCCAAUGCGAAGUCUUAUGGUACCAUGGUCAAAGUCUAUUCGUCCAACAGCGAGCACGAAGAGGCUCUUGAACUCUUCGAGACGAUGCGGCGCAGGUGCUUCAGACCCGAUCGAUUUGCCUAUCACCACGCGAUCCGUUCUUGCAUCGAGCUCCAGCGCAUUACAUACGCUGUAGAACUGUUUGAAGACGCGGUCAAGGCAAACAUGACACUCUGCGUUUGCACGUACGUCGCUCUGAUAUCAGCGUGCCGGCAGCUUGGCCAUAGUAAGCUUGCGGACAAGGCUGCCUUCAGGCACUGUGUGGCCUCUGGGGCCGUCUCUCUGGCGUUUGGGGUGAAGGUCGAUCUGGAGUCGAACAUCCAGGUGCUCAGCAGGCUGCGGCGGCGAGUUCCGUGCCAGUUCCGGCCACUUCUCAGUACGGAGUGCCAGGGGCCUGCAGCAGCUUCGAACGACCCUGCAUUCCCGAACACGGUGUCGGCGUCGGGCGAUGCAGCACAAGUUGGCCCCCCGAGCCAGCCCACGGCGCUGCUGAUCGCGGAAGUCGCCGCCCUGUCGUGCAGCCUCUCGGAGGCGCCGCCGGUGCGGUCGCCCUCGCGCCCCAGGGCGGAGUCCGGGCUCUCCGCCGGCACCUCCGGGAGCCUCGCCGGGAGCCGGUCGCCGCUCCGGCUGCUGAGGGUCGGCUCCAGGGAGCGGCUGUGGGGCAGCCCGGCGGAUUCCCAG